UUUAGCUCAAGCUCUGAUUGGACAGAAUUGUAUCCAAUCAAAUGCGUCUUCAUUCAGACAGCAAUGGCUACCGCGGAAGUGGAGAAGUUCCGCGGGCGAUAUGCGGCGCUCUCUGUGGCGGCGGUCGUGAUAAUGGUGGGCAUUCCGCUUUGGUGGAAGACCACCGAGACCUACCGCGCCUGGCUCCCCUACUCUCAAAUCCGGGAGCUCGAUUCUCUGCAGCUCCAGCUUAGCAUGGAGGUGGAGGUGGUGUUCUCCAGGGGCACCCUGACCCCAGAGCAGCAAAAGAAGGUUCCCUUAAGCCAGAUUCGGGAGGAGCAGCACCAGGUGAAUGAAAACACAAGACUGAAGUACCGCUAUGAGACGAAGUAUCGAACGGCCACCGUCAUGGAGGAGGACGCCCUGGGGCAGCCAAGCACUGAAGAUGCUGACCUCUCCCUGCACAGGCUCAGUGAGAGUCCCUGUGGCUCAGUGGUGAUGUACGUCAUCCCCCAGUCGUCCACGCUGCUGCCAGAGGGUGUGAAGGUGUACGUGGGGCAAAGGAGGACGGCGCUGCUGCGGGGCUGGGAAGCCCUGGGAGGGACCUUGAAAGAGGUUCUAGCUGUGCUGGAGCCGCAGGUGGAACAGGUGCUGCGGACGAUGUCCUUCAGUCACAGUGACAUCACAGCUGCACUUGGCGACCGCAUCCGCGGCAGCCGGCUCAGCAGGGAGAGCCUGGCCGACAGCAUGAGGGCCUUCAAGUCCAGCCCCGGCUACGAGAUCACUUUCAGUCUGCUGAACCCAGACCCCCAGUCCCACAGUCUGCACUGGGACAUCGAGGGGGCGGUGCAGACCUACAUCCAGCCGCUGCUGGACAAGCUGGCUCCCGUGGCCAACCACUCAGUGGACUCGCAGAUCCUGUACUACGCUGUCCUGGGGGUCAAGCCCCGUUUCAACCGCGAGCUGUCGGCAUACACACUCAGCGCGGAGAGCCUGGCCCAUGUAAUCAACCCCAUAGAAGCCAAGCUGGGCUCCAAUGCAGCCUCGUCAAACCCGGUGCUUAACUUCCUCCUGUAUGUUCCGGAUGCCCAUCAUGCCCCCCUUCUCAUCCAGGACCAGGGCAAGCGGGAGGUGCCCAGCAAUGCAUUCCACAGCCCCCGCUGGGGGGGCAUCAUGGUAUACAAUGUGAAAGACCAAUAUGGCCCAGAGGCCGAGGUUCCGGUUUACAUCAACAUUGACAUGGCCCGUGUGAUGGGGGUGUUCCUGUCGCAGCUGCGGCUGAUGCUGGGCGUACAGCCAACCCACCUGGCUCCGGGAUUCCUGCUCCAAAGCCCAGGCAGUGCCGGGCUGACGGACUGGGAGCUGGACCGCCUCCAGUGGACACGCAGCGUGGAGAACGUGGCUAUGGCCAGCACCACCAUCACCUCGCUGGCCCAGCUGCUGAAUCAGAUUGGCAACAUCGUGAUUAAUGACAACAUCGCACAGCAGGUGUCAAGCGCCGUGACCUCGCUGCAGGCGGCGGUGGCAGAGCUGGAGGCCGGAAACCUGGCCUUCGCUCUGCAGUACAGCCGUGAGGCCAUCCUGGCCUCCGAGAGGGCCUUUUUCGAUCCGUCGCUGCUGCACCUGCUCUACUUCCCCGACGACCAAAAGUUUGCCAUCUACAUCCCUCUGUUCCUGCCCAUGUGUGUCCCCAUCCUGCUGUCACUCCUAAAGAUGCUGGGUGAGAUUCGGAGGAGUCGCGCAGAGAGGCGCGCUAAGAAGGACUAAGAGACCAGCAUCCUUUGACUUCGAGAAAUUGAGAUAUAUUUAAAUAAACAAACACACCACACACAAACCAGGUACCAUGCCGGCCUGCUUGAGCGCACGCGGACAGUUUUCUGCAUUUCAACUCUUCAAGGCUUUGGUGUUCCAUGGCAACCCGUCGGCUGGGUGUGAGAUCACCGUGUGAUGUGACUGAAAUGUAGUGAUGAGCACUGAAAUCCAAACUUCUUAACUGUUCCCUUCAUCAAGAAACACUAACAUAAUUUUGGUUGUCUUGCCAGGUCUCGUUUCUUUUAAAAAUGUAUGACCUGGAAUCUUUUUUUCACACCCCACCUGUGUGUUUUUAAUCUCUGGCUCUAUUUUAAGCACAUUGUGCUCUGGACCCCAGCCCAGCCUUACUUGUGAAGACAUGCAUCUCCAUGAAGUUCUGCUUUUAUGCAAUAUUCGCCUUCAAAUAAUGGAUGACAUCUGUUACUUGCUCACUUUGAUUUGUAAUGCAGUUGCAUAAUAUUGUCUUCAUUGUUGUAAGUGACAUGUUUCAUUAAGGGGGCUUCCUGGAGUGUAAGCCAGGCUUCAGAAUUUCUCAGGGCAGGGAAAAAAAAUUACAGAAAACUCUGUUUCUGCACUGCUGAAAACACAAGAAAAAAUAAUGUGGCAUGGAUUUGACUGCUAGGUGAAUGUAUUUUCUGUUUUCUGUUUCAUUUUAUUUUGUUGAUGGUUUGUCAGUGUUGAAUUUGCAGGGGGCUUUAUGUGAAAUGUUGUAACCUCUGAAUAAGGACAUGACAAACAAUGAUCUCAUGCUCUUUCUGGUUCCUCA